AUGUCGGCCGAACUCGGGGAGUCCCUGCCUCCGGGAGAUGCGCACGCUGUGAGCGUCUCAUUGCCCAGAUGGAGAGACACCGAGGGCUGGGCAAGCCGAGAUGAUGCGGUUCUCUCAAAGAUGAAAUCCGGAUAUCCUAGGUUUUACGUGCCGCAUAUUGUGAGGGAGCUUUCGAGCCAUUUAAUUCAACGGGCGGCCAGCAAUCUGACCGAUGUUGUGGGUGAAGACAGAGCGGCAGCCAUGCUGUUUCCGAGCGAGAGAAUGGCCAUCGCGUGCCAACGAUACCUGAGCAAGUGUGGCCAAGGUCCUGCCGAAGAAAGCAUCAAAGUCUUGCGCUUCUCGUUGAACGGCACUGUUUCACUCGUUCCCACCGCCCAGCCGUCGGACGAGAUGACAUGCGGGAACGCAGAUGUCUGGGCCGUGCUGCAUCCCGAGAUGCUUGCUUCCGAGGCAAAGGCCUUCUGGCAGCAUACCGGCUUUGGCAUUUCGAGUCGAUUUGCGCAGUUUUGGAUGGAGCAAGCAUCCUUCCUCCAGCAGCAGCAUCAACUUGCCACGGGUCGUGAGCGAAGCGACAAGGGAUGGUCGACGCUUGCGGACGAGGCAAGGACGGCGGCGUUGACGAUUCGGCAGCGCAUCGCAGGCCUGUGCUCGACUGCGCAGGACAAGGUCGAAACAGGCAACGUUUUCUUGUACCACUCGGGCAUGUCCGCCAUAGCGCACACGGCAUGGACGUUGAGGGCUCUUGUGAAGGCGGAAGAAGAGCGGUACCGAAUUGCCGUGUUUGGAUUCGUGUACGUGGACACGUUCAAGGUGCUCAGCAAAAUUCACGGAUUCGACUGCACUCUGUACGGGCACGGCUCCGGCGCCGACAUGGACCGGCUGGAGGAGGAUCUUCGAUCCGGUUUGAAGAUUCACAGCCUGUACACCGAGUUCCCUGGAAAUCCGCUCCUCAUCUCGCUGGACCUCGAUCGGGUGUACGAGCUGUCGAGGAGGUACGGCUUCUACGUCGUCGUCGACGACACCAUCGGGACGUCGGUCAACCUCGACCUCGUGCCUCUGUGCGACGUCCUCUGCACGAGCCUGACAAAGAUGUUCAGCGGCGGCUGCAACGUCAUGGGGGGCAGCGUCGUCGUCAGCCCCCGGUCGCGACACCACGGCGAGCUAAAGGAGGCGCUCGAGGCUCGGUACGAGGACACAUGCUUCCCUCUGGACACGGUUGUGCUGGAGAGAAACAGCGUCGACUUCGAGGCUCGCGUCGGCGUGGCCGGCCGAAACGCGGCGGCCAUGGCGGAGCAGCUGCGACGACACAGAUCGGUGGAGCGCGUGUACUACCCCAAGGGAAGCGAGUCGCAGCAGUUUUACGACCGUCGCCGGCGGGAGGGAGCAGGGUACGGGUAUCUGCUGUCGAUUCGAUUCGUCGCGCCCGCCGCCGCCGUGGCCUUUCACGACGCCCUCGACGUGGCCAAGGGGCCGAGCCUCGGGACCAACUUUACGCUCAUGUGCGCCUACACGCUCCUCGCGCACUACUCGGAGCUCGAAUGGGCGGCCCGGUACGGCGUCAUCGAGCAUCUCGUCCGCAUCAGCGUCGGCGUCGAGGACGAGGAGACGCUCCGGACGGCCGUCGGCAAGGCGCUGGCCGCGGCGGAUGAGCAUUGCUAG